CUGACGGUUCUAAUAAGAUAUUUUGUUGGCUCAUUUUGGUUUUUCUGUAGACGUGCAUUUUUUUGUGAAAUUAUUAUAAAGAUAUAAGAAUUUAAUUCUUCAUAAUGCCUGAUCAUUUAGGAGAUGAUAUGCGCAAAGUAAAAGAUGACAAGGAAGAGCCGGAAAAAGAAAUUAAAUCUCUUGAUGAAGGAGAUAUUGCCCUUUUAAAGUCUUAUGGACAAGGGCAGUACACCAAAAUAAUCAAGGAAGUCGAAGAAGGAAUUCAGACAGUGAUGAAGAGGGUCAAUGAACUAACAGGAAUCAAGGAAUCCGAUACAGGGCUGGCACCCCCAGCUCUGUGGGAUCUUGCAGCAGAUAAACAGACUUUACAGAACGAGCAGCCAUUACAGGUCGCUAGAUGCACAAAAAUUAUCAACGCAGACUCGAAUGAUCCCAAAUACAUAAUCAAUGUGAAACAGUUUGCUAAGUUUGUGGUGGACCUAGCAGACUCUGUCGCGCCUACUGAUAUAGAAGAGGGUAUGAGAGUAGGUGUUGACCGUAACAAAUAUCAAAUUCACAUUCCCCUGCCACCCAAGAUCGACCCUACUGUGACCAUGAUGCAGGUUGAAGAGAAACCUGACGUGACAUACAGUGACGUGGGAGGUUGCAAGGAGCAGAUUGAGAAGUUGAGGGAAGUUGUCGAGACUCCGCUGUUACAUCCAGAGAAAUUCGUGAAGCUUGGUAUUGAGCCACCCAAAGGCGUGCUUCUCUUCGGCCCGCCCGGCACGGGCAAGACGCUGUGCGCCCGGGCCGUCGCAAACAGGACUGAUGCCUGUUUCAUCAGAGUGAUUGGUUCGGAAUUGGUACAGAAGUACGUCGGCGAGGGAGCUCGUAUGGUGCGGGAGUUGUUCGAAAUGGCGCGCAGUAAGAAGGCCUGUCUUAUUUUCUUCGAUGAAAUUGACGCUAUUGGAGGCGCUAGGUUCGACGACGGCGCCGGUGGUGACAAUGAGGUGCAAAGAACCAUGUUGGAGCUGAUCAACCAACUGGACGGCUUCGAUCCUCGUGGGAACAUCAAGGUUCUUAUGGCUACGAAUAGGCCUGACACCCUGGACCCAGCCCUGAUGCGGCCGGGCCGCCUGGACCGCAAGGUGGAGUUCGGUCUCCCGGACCUGGAGGGUCGCGCGCACAUCUUCAGGAUCCACGCGCGCUCCAUGAGCGUGGAGAGGGACAUCAGGUUCGACCUGCUGGCUAGGCUGUGUCCCAACUCCACUGGCGCUGAGAUCAGAUCCGUAUGCACAGAGGCGGGCAUGUUCGCGAUCCGCGCCCGCCGCAAGGUCGCUACCGAGAAGGACUUCCUGGAGGCAGUCAAUAAAGUCAUCAAGUCCUACGCCAAGUUUUCGGCAACUCCGCGCUAUAUGACCUACAAUUAAGUAGAUGUGUGAAUGGCGUGCUUUACGUUCCGUGCUGGCUGGUUUUGAAAACUGAAAAAUAGAAUAUGUACCUAUAUUAUUAAAAAAAAGAAUACCUUCACUGUCUGUGUUGGCUGGUUUUAUAAUCUGAGAAAUAAAAAGUCGAUAAAUGUCUGUUCGAUUUUUGAAUUGUAUAUCAGUGUUCUUGCUAUGUUUUACUCGUGAUCUUAAUGUUUUGCUCCACUGAAGGGUCAGUUGGAAUUUACACCAUUACAACAAACACUAUUAGAUAUUGUUUAUAACAUUUAAGACCACGGGUAAACCACGAUAAACCUUCUCAAAAUUAAACAAAAUAACAAGAUAUACUUUUGGUAAAGCAGCCGAUUCAAAAUUGUCGUCAUGUAAUAAAUAGGAAUGAAAAUUUACUAAAAAAAAUCUUAAAAUAAAAUAAUUGUUUAAUAAAUGUA